GUGAUCAUCAACAGCACCAUCACCCCCAACAUGACCUUCACCAAGACCUCCCAGAAGUUUGGCCAAUGGGCUGACAGCAGAGCCAACACAGUGUUCGGACUGGGGUUCGCCUCUGAGCAGCAACUGGCCAAGUUUGCUGAGAAGUUCCAGGAGGUGAAGGAAGCAGCGAAGCUUGCCAGGGACAAGUCACAGGAGAAGAUGGAGACAUCGAGCAACAAUUCCCAGGAGUCGGGUCGCGAGACCCCCUCGUCCACCCAGGCAUCCAGCAUCAACGGGACGGACGAUGAGAAGAUCUCCCACGGAGGACCGGAGACCGCAGCGCUGAUGAGCGAGAAUGACAAACUCAAGACCACUGUGGAACAGAGUAACACCAAUGCUAAGAAGUUGGAGACAGAACUCCAGACUCUACGGGACAGUAAUGCUCGGCUGGUAGACGCGCUAACAGAGUCCUCCGCUAACGUAGAGAUCUGGAAGAAACAACUCAACACCUGCAAGGAGGAGAGCGACACACUGAGGGAAAAGAUAGCAGAGUUGGAGUCUCAGUGUGAAGAAGCCAACGUGGAGAAGGAGAGGAACUCUAAGCUGACUGUACGAGUUCAGGAGCUGGAGACAGAGCUACAGGACAAGGAACAGGAACUGGAGAACCUGAGGAAGCAAGCAGAGAUCAUCCCUCAACUGAUGGCAGAGUGUGAGAGCAUCACAGAGAAACUACAGGCUGCUGAGGUGAAGAACAAGGACCUGGAGGAUAGGAUAGAGGGUCUUCAGGCUGACAUCGAGGACAGCCAGUCCAAGCAGGGCAACAUGAAGGGAGAGCUGAAGAAGUUCAUGGAUGUCCUGGAUGGGAAGAUCGACGAGCUGCAUGAGUUCAGGCAGGGCCUGUCCAAACUAGGGGUGGAUAACUGAGGGAGGAGGGGACAGAGGGAUGGAGGGUUUAUAAAUACCUUCAGGACAGGUCUCUGUGGAGCCACUCCCCCAAAGUAGAGACCACACUGAACCAAUGAGAGAGAGAGAGAGAGAGAGAGAGAGAGAGAGAGAGAGAGAGAGAGAGAGAGAGAGAGAGA